AUGCGUCUCACGCUGCAAAUGUUGAUCUCCCACGGCCGAGUGGCCCGUAAAAUGGGACUGGGUCCAAAAUCUCGUAUCGACAUGCUGCGGAAUAUCUUGACCGGACUGGUGCGACAUGAGCGGAUUGAAACCAACGCGGCUCGGGCCGAUGAAGUCCGUUUCUACGCCGAAAAGCUGAUCGAUUACGCCAAGAGAGGCGACACGGAUGAAAAGGCGAUGAAGAUGGCUACUUUUUGGUUGACGGAGAAGGACCUGGUCCCCAAGCUGUUCAAGGUGCUGGCUCCGCGGUUUGAGACCCAUUCGAACAGCUACACACGCAUGGCCCGCAUCCCCAAGCGGCAAAACCUGGACCGGGCUGAAUUGGCCGUGCUGGAGUAUAAAGGCAACCCUUUCCCACCACUCUACCCGGUCAGGAAACAAAAUCCGCUGAACCUUGUCAACCAGCUACUCAAUGGCUACCGUGAGGACAAGGCCAACUCCAAACUCUCGACAGAGAAGUCGUGA